GGAUAAAUCUGUUUUCUCUCCCUCCCUGCGCGCAACAGCCGCGCCCUCCCUCUCCCUCUACACGCCCGACCGCUGCCGCCGCUCCGCCGUCCACCGUCCACCGUCCACGCAAGCAUCCUACGCUGCGUCCCUCUCCUUCCCCGACGCCGCCGCCGCCGCCGCCGGCGGCCUUCGCCCAAUCCAAGCAGCCUGCACGCUGCCGUGCUCGCUGCCGCCGCGAGCAGCCAGCGAACCAGCGACGCGCGCUGCCUUCCUUUUUCCCCCACCGCUAGCAGAUCGCCAGCCCCACCGUCCCACCGCCCGUUCCCUGUUCCCUCGCUCGAGCAUCCGCCGCGAGACGUUGCCACGAGCAGCUCCAACCCCGUCGGCCGCCGCUGGUCGUCCCUGUUUUCCCACCCGUACGCCGCCGUUCCGGAAGCCUCGCCGUCGCCUCCCCUCUUGCUGCCGCCGGAACCAUUGCCGCCUCCGAGAGAUCCUUCCGUCGCGCGACUGGAGAAGAAGAGGAAGGCGGCUGCCAGACAAGUUCGAUCUCGCAGCAAUCAAUAUCGCGGCGAGCAGCAAUUUGGCGCCACCCGCUCUCGCGUUUUGUCGAGUCGACGAGAUCUCCGCUUUCUUCCCAUCCGGAAGGUGCGAUCUGCAAAGCCACCGCCUGAACGCCAUCUCUUCGAGCCGAGCGAGAGAGGCUCGGCAUUUCCCCUUUCUGCCAGCGACCCCCCUGCCCUUCAUCCUUCUUGUUUCCCGGCGACGAUUAUCGGCAUCUCAAAUCAUCUCCUUUACGCAAGCAGCGAUUUCUUCUCGCGUACCCAGAAUUGAGCUGACUGGAGCAGAAAGCCGUUGGGCGUGGACGCUGGGACUGGGCGGAACUUGUUUCCUAAAUCAUCUUAUAUUUCUUUCUCAUCUUUUCUUACUGAGCACUGUGUGAAUGGAAGGCGAGAUGGAAGGCGAUAUGGCUAUGAGGAGCUUGGAGGAUGGCGCGCCGCUGGAGAAUGGAGACUCGGAACUGGAUGAGAGGUUCGAAGGAGACGGCGGUGACAGAGGGGAGGAAGAAAUGGAAGAAGAUGAUGGAGGAGAGGAGGAGGAAUGGGAAGAAGAUGAUGGAGAAGACGAGGAGGGCUACAGGUUGCUUUUUGACGGCGACAUGGACCCCAUCGGCUUUGCCCAAGACGAAAACCACGGGAUCGAACUGUACCAGAAGUUUGAAAGGCGCGAGUAUGAAGCCCUAGCCGAGAGGAAACGCAAGGCUCUACAAGAACGACCUGCUGAGACUAUCAAGAAAUCUAGGCGGGAGGAACUUUUGGGCGUCACUACGGAGGAGAUCAAUGAACUAAUGAAUUUUGGUCGCCGAAGAAGACUUAGAGCUCCAAAGAAAAGGGGCAGAAAGCAGGGGUCAAAAAAUAAAGUUUGCCCUGAAGUUGAUAGAAAAAUGAUGGAUGCCAUCUUUCAUAUCGGAUCUAAGGUCUAUGAUGAGGCAUUACCUUUGUUGAAAAAGAUUAUGUUGCUUGCACCUAAUCUUUCUGAAGCUUAUUAUUUGCUUGGUGUAAUAUAUGAUGCCAAAGAUGACAGGGAGAAAGCUUUAACCUUUCACAUGAUAGCUGCACAUUCUUCUCCCAAGGAUUCAGCUAUAUGGAAAAAACUUGCUGCUCGGUCAGUUGAGCAGAACAGUACUGGUCAACUUAGGUAUUUUCUUAAGAAGGCAAUAACUGCAGACCCAAAAGAUGUCUACCCUAGGUUUGAGCUUGCUUGGUUUUACUAUGAGCUUGGAGAAUACCAGGAAGCUGCAGAAACUUAUGAUCGGAUAUGUGGUAUAAAUCCUGCCAGCACUCUAGCAUGCCAGACUCUAGCAUGCCAAAUGGCUGCAAAGGUGGAAGAUAACCUGGAAUUGUUCGUUGAGUAGCCAAACUGAAAGCAC